AUGAAAAAACUUCAUGUUGACAAAUAUAUCAAGCUAAUCAAUUUUUUAAAUAAAAAACAAAAAUGUGUUUCUCUUAAUUUCGGCAAUGUAAUAAAUGGAACAACAAAUAACGUAAUAAAUGGCGGAAAGUGUGGCGAAAAAUGUGGCCAAAAAAAUGACGGAAUAAAUGACGGAAUAAAUGGCGAAAAAAAUGGCGAAAAAAAUAAUACUUUUUUUUCAAAUGGGCAACAAGGAAGAAAGCAUACUUCUUUAUUAUUAGACCGGAAAUACAAAAAUAACGAUUUGGUGAUUAAAAUAAAUUACAAAAAGCAAGAAGAUGUGGCAAGGUUAAAUAAUAACGUAGAAGAGACCGAAUUAAAACUUAAAAAAGCUACUAUGCUUAUGAAUCCUAGUGGUCAAAUUGAUUCCGAGGUUUCCAAAAAUGGAAAAAAACAAAGAAGUGGUUUUGGAAAAUACAAACCAAUGCACACAAAUAAUAACACUGGCAGUUACACAAAUAAAAUACAAAAAAACAAAGUUGACAUAUUUAAUAAUUUGGGAAAUAUAAAAAAAUCACAAAAUUAUGAAUAUUUCGCAAGUAAUGGUAUGAACAAAAAUAAUUCUGAAGAAAUUCCAAAAACAGAAAAAAUAAUAAAUUGCAUAAAUAAAGAAAUUGAUGAAAAUAAAAUAAAAUCAAAUAUUUUAAAUGGAAAUAAUAAUAAAUAUAAUGAAACAAAUUGUGAAGAGUUUGAAACUUGUGCUAAAGUAAAAAUUACCAAAGAAAAUAUUAUAAAUGUGAGUGAAAUAAAAAAAAAUGAACAUGACAAAAGUGAAAAUAGUCUGAAAAAUGAAGAUGGCUUUAAAAAUGAAGAUGGCUUUAAAAAUGAAGACAGUUUCAAAAAUGAAGACAGUUUCAAAAAUGAAGACAGUUUUAAAAAUGGGGAAAGUGAAAAAAGAAAAAAAAAAAAUAAUAAUAAAUGUUUAUAUCCCCAUGAGAUAGUAGAAUAUUUAAAUAAAUAUAUAAUAGGUCAAUCUGAAGCAAAAAAAGUUGUAGCAAAUGCAUUAAGACAAAGAUGGAGACGAACCCAACUUGAUGAAGAUAUGAAAAAAGAUGUAAUUCCUAAAAACAUAUUAAUGAUAGGACCAACAGGUGUAGGAAAAACCGAAAUUGCUAGAAGAAUAUCUAUGUUUAUAGAUGCACCAUUUAUUAAAGUAGAAGCAACUAAAUUUACAGAAGUAGGGUUUCAUGGAAAAGAUGUAGAUCAAAUAAUUAAAGAUCUAGUCGAAAUUGCAGUAAAAAAACAAAAAAGUAAAAUGGAAAAUGAAAUAAAAGAACAAGCAGAAGAAACUGUAGAUAAUAUAAUAUUAUAUUCUCUUUUAGGAAAUAGUGUAAAAUGUGAAGAAAAAGAAAUUUGGAAAAAAUAUUUAAAAGAAGGAUUAUUAGAUGAUAAAAUUAUAAAUAUAGAUAUACCAAGUUAUAUAAAUAAUAAUAAUAAUAUAUUUACAAAUGAUUCUGUUGAAAAUGCUGUAAAAGAAGCAUUAAGUAAUCAUCAAAAUAUAAAAAGUGUUAAAAUAAUACAUCAAAAUAUGAACAAACAAAAUGAUAAAAAAACAAUGACAAUAAAAGAAGCAAAACAAAAAUUAUUACAAAUAGAAAUAGAUUCAUCUAUUAAUCAAGAUGUGAUUCUAAAAACAGCAAUCAAUUCUGUUGAAGAAGAAGGAAUUGUAUUUAUUGAUGAAAUUGAUAAAAUAUGUUCAAAAUCUUCAUCAUCUUAUAAUGGGCCAGAUGCAAGUGCUGAAGGAGUUCAACGAGAUCUUUUACCUCUAAUUGAAGGAUGUGUUAUAAACACAAAAUAUGGAAAUAUAAAUACAAAUUAUAUUUUAUUUAUUGCAUCAGGAGCUUUUCAAAGAGUUAAACCAAAUGAUAUGUUAAAUGAAUUACAGGGUAGAUUACCUGUACAUGUAAAUUUAUCAAGUUUAUCUAUUCAAGAUUUUAUAGAGAUAUUAACUAAAACACAUAAUAAUUUAUUAAAACAAAAUAUAGCUUUAUUAAAAACAGAAGGCAUUGAUCUUCAUUUUACAGAUGAUGCAAUUGAAUCUAUUGCAAAUGCUGCACAUGAUAUGAAUGUAUAUAUUGAAAAUAUCGGCGUUCGAAGAUUACACACAAUUAUUGAAAAAAUUAUGGAAGAAAUAAAUUAUGAUGUUCAUAAAAAUGCUAAUAAGUCAAUAGUUAUUGAUAAAGAGGUUGUCAAAAAAUCUUUAGAAGGUUUUAUCAAACAGUUUGACUUGAAGAAAUACAUAAUUUAG